UCGACCGCGUCCUUAAAUCUCUACUCUUUGAAGGGAGGACAUGCGGCGAUAGAAAUGAGGAGCUGUGCAGAGUGGAUCUAAAUACAUUAAUCGGCUGAAUCUUUUAUGAUUCAGCCACAGUUCACUUUAUCACAUUAGGACCUAGUUCAAGCAUUCAAACAUGGCAGACACCAAGCAGCCCUCCGAUAGGCCACAGAGGAAGAUGUCCACCGCAGGGGAAAGUUUAUACAAGGUGCUGGGACUGGAGAAAGGUGCCUCAGGAGAGGACAUUAAAAGAGCAUACAGAAAACUGGCUCUAAAAUACCAUCCAGACAAAAAUCCCGACAACCCAGAAGCUGCAGAAAAGUUUAAAGAAAUCAACAACGCUAAUUCCAUUCUCGCUGAUGAGACCAAGCGCAAGAUCUACGAUGAAUACGGCUCCAUGGGUCUCUACGUCUCCGAGCAGUUUGGAGAAGAUAGUGUCAAAUAUUACUUCCUCAUGUCAAAGUGGUGGUUCAAGGCUACGGUCAUGUGCUGCACCCUCUUCUCAUGCUGCUGCUGUUGUUGCUGCUGUUGCUUCUGCUGUGGAAAGUGCAAACCACCGGAGGACGAUGAGAACUACCAGUACGUGGACCCAGAAGACUUGGAGGCGCAGAUUAAAGCCGAGCAGGAUGGAGGAGGUGAAACUAUUAUUAUUGUCCAGCCUAUAUCUAGUCCUGGCCAAGAAAUCUGCAGCGAAAAUUUACCGGAUUCAAAAUGACUCACUUAAAUAUCCCUAUUUUUGUCCAGCCCAGUUCCACUGUCAACACCCCAGAGUCCACACAUUUUGCCUCCAACCAGCCCAUCCACACCACUAAGAAGUGAGUCACAUGCCUGGUCCUGCUCAUCAUCACCGUGGGGUCCCUACUCACAGACACUUGAGAUCCCCAAUGUAGUGUGUUGACCGCAGGGCAUCAUGGCACCAGGACAUCGUGCCGCACCACUAUAUUCCUUUUCAGACCCACUGGAAACAAGCGGCAGUUUGCCAAAAGACACAAACCCUCUGCCAAGCUCAUUUAAACCGUAUCUCCAUUGGUGUGUAUGUCCAUUUGUCUGUCUAUACCACACAUCUCGAAUUAAUAUAGCUGGGAAACCGGUGCCAUCAGGCUGUGCUCCAGAAGGGAGUGGGUUUUAUUUUCGGGGACUAUUUAUUUUUAUUUUAUCGCUCUGGGUUUGUUUCUGUGUUAGAAGCAUGGAUGUGAGUGGAAUGUUCACGUGAGUGCAUGCCAAAAAUUAGCCGCAUGCCUCUAGUAUACAGCAUUUGAACUUGUGCGCGAACAAGCCCUCCUCCUAAUAAAAUAAAAAAAACAUGGAGCCUCAGCUUGCCACUUUUUCGUUUUGCUUUUUAAAAUGGGAGAUUCAGGUGUGCAGUCACAUCUCACAUGGUGCGUUUGCAUUAUAUGGCAUUCAAUACGGCCAUCGUAUGCAAAUGACACAUAAAUGUGUAGUUAAUCCUACCGACAAACGCAGCCGACGUGCCAUAUGCAACGGUGGUACCGUAUUUCCCUAAGAUCGUAACACUUGAAAUUGCAGGUGAAAGAUGUUUUUCUAUGCACUUUUCUUUCCACUACCUACAUACAAACUUCAAGACACCAAUGCAAAUCUAAUGGCUUUAGCCUUUACAGCUAUUUAUCAACCGGAAAGGCUAUUAUAUCUG